GGCGCUGUAGAGUGUAGACCAUGUUAAUACGGUGCGCGCCGUAUCAUCAGGGCAAAACCCAACCCGAUCCAAAAGUCUUCGCCAUUUUCGUCAUCAUCGCAUAGUGGUCGUCGUCUUCUUCUUCUUCCAACCACUUCAAACGACUCCACCUUCUUGAAACUAUAAAUUUCUUUAAGUUCUCUUUGCGAUUAAAGUCCCACCGGAGAAAUUCUCAAGCCCUCUCCAAGGAGAUUACUCAGACGGCGGAGAAUGGGAUGUUUUGCCAGCAAAAAUGCUGAUUCCAAAGCCAGCCGUCUGUCUAGAUGGCGCGCCACUGGCAUUGUAGCGUUACGCGACGGAAAAUUGAAGUCAUUUCCAGAUGAAGUUCUAGAGCUGGACAAAUCUGUGCGGACACUUGAUCUGACACACAACAAAUUAGUUGACGUCCCAGAGGAGAUCAGCAAACUAAUAAAUAUGCAGAGGCUGAUUUUGUCAAAUAAUGUAAUUGAACGUCUGCCAACGAACAUCGGGAAACUUCAGUCUUUAAAAUUUAUCAUACUCGAUGGGAAUAGACUUACUACCUUACCUGAUGAAGUGGGCCAAUUGGUGAGACUUGAGCGGUUAUCUAUCUCUGACAACCUGUUAACCAGCCUGCCUGAAACCAUAGGAAGCUUGCGCAAUUUAUUGCUACUAAACGUCUCGCAUAAUAAACUAAAGUCUCUUCCAGAAUCUACAGGGAGUUGCUUUUCUUUGGAAGAGCUACAAGCCAAUGAAAAUUCCAUUGAAGAACUUCCUACUUCGGUUUGCAGUCUCAUUCACCUGAAGUCAUUGUGCCUAGACCAUAACAAUCUGAAACAGAUUCCUCCAAGUUUAUUGAAAGAUUGCAAGGCUCUGCAGAAUAUAUCAUUGCAUGGCAAUCCCAUAUCUAUGGAUCAAUUCCAACAGCAUUUGGUCUCAGAUGGAAGGAUUUCAAGAGUUUGAAGAUCGAAGGAAAAAGAAAUUCGACAAGCAAAUAGAUUCGAAUGUGAUGAUCAGUUCAAAAGGCUUAGACGAGGGCGUUGAUCUAUAAACUGGUAUAUGGUAAAGUAGUACUCUCUCUCUUUUGAGUUUCAGGUGGAUCAAUUGGCUAUUUGUGUACAAAUGCUGCUGCUUCAUAAAAAAUGUAACAAAUGUUUUCCGUCUGAUAUGAAAACAAUUGUUGAUAAAUUAAUCAAAUUUGUUGUCAAGACGAAUCUCUUACCGACAUACUCAAUGAUUUAACAUGAGGGGACCGAUCAGUCGUUUUCGUCA